AUGGCGGGGCUUUUCCGGAAAGUGUACGACUGGCUGUUGAGGACGUUCUGGGCGACAGAGAUGGAUGUGACGAUGAUCGGUCUCCAAAAUGCGGGUAAGACGUCUCUGCUCCGCGUCCUCGCAGGCGGCGAGUUCACCAUCGACUCGAUCCCGACGGUCGGAUUCAACAUGAAGCGGGUGCAACGAGGACACGUUACACUGAAAUGUUGGGAUAUUGGUGGCCAGCCCCGAUUUCGAACGAUGUGGGAAAGAUACUGCCGUGGCGUCAACGCUAUCGUCUUCAUCGUCGAUAUCGCUGAUAUGGACUUGCUACAGCAAGCUCGGGAGGAGCUUCAUGCUCUCAUGGACCAAGCUUCUCUGAGAGAAAUCCCACUCCUUGUUUUGGGAAACAAAUCGGACCUCCCGCAGAAGUUAUCGGUGGACGAGCUGAUCGAUGCGCUUGACCUCAAGUCCAUAGGCCACCGCGAGGUUUGCUGCUACGGCAUCAGUGCCAAGGAGGAGACCAACUUGGACGCUGUGCUACAGUGGCUGAUGAAGUGGGCGAACAGGUGA